CUCGUUGCUAUAGAGACCAUAGCUCCUUCCAUUACUUCUCCUAGCUCCCCCUACCAUUGCCAUGGACACCCAGGGACGCUUCUCCCUGCAGAAGGUCACAAAAACAACUCUGUAUUCCUGCAGAACAAAACCUGUAACACAGAAUCAUGUGGAAGAGCUGAGGUGGACACACAGGAGCUACUGUUAAAAAGUAAUACCAAAGAUGGAAAAGAAUUGGAAUAGACAUAAAUCAAUUGUCAAUGGACAUCACAUGAAACAUGUGCAGCAAACAAUUGAUGCAGAAUAUAAGGCCCAUCUGCGCCAUCGGGAGGUGGUAAGAGAGAAUACUGAGCAGAUGAGAGAAAAACAAGCUGCAUCCCAGCGUACCCCAAAUCUUCACAACAUUCACUCAGCACGAAGUUACAGUAAACCAUGGCAGAAUGGGAUGACUGCAAAAACAGAGAUGCCAGAAGUGUCAGGAAUUGAGGAGAAACAAAGAAGAGAACGAAAGUAUAAAAGCACAGUGUCCAAGCUCCCUGCUAUAAAGAAGGACAAAGACAUCUUAAGAAAGAAGACUGUUUACAACCCUAGCAUGACAUAUCAAGGACACAAGUUGAUCACAGUGUCACAGCCUCGGAUCACAGUGGAAAAGAAAAGAUUACAUGUCCACCAGCUUUCUGCCAAGCCAAGUGUUACACGUGCGGCAUCGGAAACAGCAGAGAGUAAAAAUGUACUUAAAUCGCAGCAAAAAGAGCCCAGGACUCCAGUUAAAAAUGAGAAACAAUUAAAGAAAAAAGGGGUCACAAAUGGAGCCAUUACCAACUUAAAUUCAAUACAACAUCCAUACAAAGAGCAAGAGAUUAGUGAUCACGUGGAUCACCAUGAUAUUGCAAGUUUUUCACCAUUAAACUCACAUGAAUUAACCGAACAACCUCAAAUCUCUAGAAGACCAUCAACCUUUAGCGAACCCGAAGAUAUACAAACACAGAGAAACAUGAACGAAGAUGAUGACAGGUUUGAUGACAACAACCUGUCUUAUGUUUCUGAUAUUGCAUUACCAGAACUCGUACCUAUAAGUGCCCAAGCAUCUAAUUCUUCACUUCACAUUGACUAUACAGACUCAGCCGAAGAGGACAGCAAUGACAGUGAUGAGGAACAUCCAAGUGUUCCAAAACAAGACAUGUUACGCCAUGUUACAUCACAUGGUUUUGACAUAGUUAGCACAGGAAAUAGUUCCUAUUUUGAAAGGAAUAACGUACAAUCAAUGCAAACAUCAGGAAUGUUGCACAGUCCAACAGUGACAGAGACAGCUGACCAGUCCCCAAACUCUUCUCGAAAUCUGAGGGAUGUAGUGGAAGUUCCAAGAAUAAAUGAAUCAAUAACACUGUCCCAGAAUUCUGAGAUUAGUCCAAAUACUAAUAUGCAAAACCAUGCAAACCAUGCACAAUCGCCAACAAUAUUAAAUUCUCAGGGUAGAGAGAUUGAUAGCAGGGAAUACUCUACUCUUCAAAAUGCUGCUGCCCCUUUAAGACUCAGCAUGUCUUCUACAGCUCCCAACAUCACACUUUUACGCGAGAACUUGGAUCUUGUCUUUCACACCCUUUCAAUGCAAAGGCAAUCUGAAAGAAGAAAUUUGGAAAAUAUUACACCAAUAUUACUAAAUAAAGAUGAUGAAAAGCCCAAAACAGACCCAGAGAAGCUAAAGAAGCUACAGGAAAGUUUACUACAGGAAGAUUCAGAAGAGGAAGGAGAUAUUUGCAGGAUCUGUCUCAUGGGAGGUGAAACCACAGAAAACGAUCUUAUUGCACCUUGUCAGUGCUCUGGGAGUUUAAAGUAUGUUCACAGCGAAUGCCUAAAGAAGUGGCUGCUGGCUAAAAUUAAAUCAGGGGCAGAACUAAACACAGUAAGAACAUGUGAGAUGUGCAAACAAACAGUGGAGUGUGAAAUUGAAGGAUUCAACUUGAGCGAGCAUUACAGAAAACACCAGGAGACACAGGCUACACUAAAUCCGAGUCUGUACCUGGUGUUACUCCUUCAUCUAUAUCAGCAGAGAUAUGAAGAAAUGUUGCAACUAUCACAGACUCAGGACAGGGUAUCUGAACUCUCAAGAAGAUUUUUUCAUUUGAACUUAGGAAGACAAGAAAAUUCAAGAAACAACGAGCAGGAUUCCUAAAUUCCAUCUUAUUUAAACUGAUGUCUAUAAUCUGUGCACUUAUCUUCCAAUGGUUUUGGUGCACAGACGCUUCAGCAAGAUGCUUCUUCAUUCAUCCGCCUAAAAUCGACCUCAACAAGGAUUAGCAGUACAAGUAUAUAUACACACAAACAACAAAACAUGACUCUUCUGUUAAUACAUGAAUCUUCUUCAGGACUAAUAACAAAAAAAAAAAAAAGUUAUUGAAAUGCAGAAUAACAGUUAACAAAUUAUUCUAGAAUGCAGCUGAAGAGGAUUUAUAUUGGAAGUGACAAAAGAAACACAUUUUUAAUGGCUCACACACAAAGUUGAACAACAACUAAGCUCUUUUCAGCCGAUAUGUCGCACUAGGCUCUGGAAGUGCUGUGUGCUUUCAACAAAAGCUUUAACUUGAAAAACUAAAAUACUUAUCGUAAAUGACUAAUUAAUUUCAAUUCUUAUUUCAUUGUGUAACCAUUUUUACAGCUUCGAUGCACCUAAAAUGAACAAUGAAAGGGGUUAUCCAACGGAAGGGACGGAAAGGCCUGCACUACCUGUAAUAAUAAAGAAAAAGCUGCACAUGCCUUCCGUGCUUCUCCACUGCCUCUGGUAACGCUGCUCUUGGGUAUUGGUGCUCUCCCCUUCUGGGUGCUGGGGCUCAAUACAUCAAUUGCUGUUCAGUCAAUCACUGGCCGCAGCUGUGUCUGUGUCCUGCCUCAGUCAGUGAUUGGCUGAGCCCUACUCUGAGGUAUUCGGCCCCAGAACCAGGAAGAGGAGCGUGGCUGAGACAGGGGCUCGGCCAAUUACACCAAUUACCACUCAGGCAAUCGCUGACAUAUAAUAAAAGUAAUGCAAAAAAACACAGCUGUAUGAGAGCUGAUACAUUUGUCUAUUUUUUACCCUUAGACGACACAGGGCAUACAUGGCACGCAGUCAGGGUAUAUGAAGCGCACUCACAAGUUUAGCACGCUUCAUAUAAGUCCUGGCUGCUAUCAGUCCCUACCAGCCUCCAUGUUGUCCGAUGAUGCUCUGCAGAGUGCCGAUAACAAUGAUCAAUACUGUGUUGCUUUAGCACAGCAUUUUUCAGUGUUUGCAAUCAAAAUAUUGUGGGGGGGGGGGAAUGUGAAAAAACAAGUUGAAAAAAUAAAAAAGCCCCUCCCCCUAAUAAACGUUUGAACUCUUAAUGAAUGAUAUGCAUAUUUAUGCUGCAGCGUUUCUGCUGCCCAUUGGGUUCAAUGUGCAGCAAAAUCUGCUCAAGCAGAUCUGCAACAGAAAAUACACACCUGUGAAUGCACCUUAAGGGUACUUAUUCUAGUCCGCCAUGUUUUUACAGCGGGCUAGAAUAAGCCUGUGCAGCUUUUCUGUUUAGGGGUCACAGAGGCUGGGCCAUCAAUAUGAUAGCCAAGCUUCCACUGUAACUACCAGGAGUGGAGAAUCCUCUGAUGCGGGGAGAUUAACCCUUCACAUGCUGCGGUUAAAUGUGUGGAUCGUCUGUGCGACACUUACCUCCAGUGUCUUGAAGGCCUCCAGACUUGCCAUGGUGUAUGCAGCUGUACUGUGUAGUAUGGCAGAGUUCACUGAAUGUCAGCCUUAGGCUAUAUUCACAAACCUUGCUGAACAGAAUUGUGGAUUUGGAAUCCAAUUGGAUUUCGCAAAAUAUAAGGCUCAAAACAGGAUGACCGUAAA